GCGUCCCUCCAAAACCCAAGAAAAGAAAAUGUCCCUCAUUCUCCUAGGAACUAACUUGUGCACAUCUUCACUUGCUUUUGGUUUUGGGCGAAUCAGAUUGUUCGGCGCCAUGUCCAAACCCAACAAAACACUCUCUUCCAAACUCCUCCAUUCCAAAACCCAAGUGCCCAUUUCAGACCCAAACCCAGGAGUUCCAGGUUCUGAAUCUUCCAAUGGAGGUUCUGUCCCAGAACAACAUUUUUAUGUGAGGAAAAAGAGAGUGAAAAAGUUAGUACAAGUUAAAGAAGAGGAUCAUGAAGCAGAAUCCAAUAACAAGAAACUGCCUGGCCUACCUGACAUUGAAGAAUUCGCAUACAAAAAUGAUUCUUUUCCGUCAAGGAAGUCAAAUCCUGCCUCAGAUGUGCUUCCAGUGAAAACUGAAGUUGCUUCUUCAAUCAGACCUAGAGGUGAACCACCUCCAAAUUGGAUAAAAGUCCUUGAAGGGAUUCGCAAAAUGAGGUCUUCUGAGGAUGCACCGGUAGACACAAUGGGAUGUGAGAAAGCUGGCAGUUCUCUUCCUCCUAAGGAAAGAAGAUUUGCUGUCUUAGUAUCUUCGCUUCUGUCAAGUCAAACCAAGGAUAAUGUUACUAAUGGAGCAAUUCAGCGUCUCCUUCAAAAUGAUCUGCUCGUUGCUGAUGCCAUUGACAAAGCCGAUGAAGCAACUAUCAAAAGCUUGAUUUACCCCGUUGGAUUUUAUACAAGAAAAGCUGAGAAUAUGAAGAAAAUUGCAAAAAUAUGUCUCAUGAAGUAUGAUGGUGACAUACCUAGCUCAUUGGAGGAACUACUCUUACUUCCAGGGAUAGGCCCUAAGAUGGCUCAUUUGGUUAUGAAUGUUGGAUGGAAUAAUGUUCAAGGGAUAUGUGUAGAUACCCAUGUACACCGCAUUUGUAAUCGGCUUGGAUGGGUUUCAAGACCAGGCACAAAACAGAAAACUUCAACACCUGAGCAAACAAGAGAGGCGUUACAACUGUGGCUACCGAAGGAAGAAUGGGUUCCAAUAAACCCUCUUUUGGUAGGAUUUGGGCAGACAAUUUGUACUCCUGUCAGGCCUAACUGUGGAAGGUGUAGUGUAAGUGAGCUCUGCCCAUCAGCCUUCAAGGAAACCUCAAGCCCUUCAUCCAAGUCGAAAAAGUCCAGUCUUAAAAGGAAGCUUUAAUCUGAUUGAUUCUUGUAAGGUGUUUUGGUUUUUCACCCCAUCUCUGAACGUUGCAAUCCCGAAGGGUUCAAAAUAUUCAUAUUUUUGAAUAUCUCUUUUGUGUUUUCCCACCUUGUAUCAUAGAUAGCCUGUUCAUGUAAUUUAGGAGGAAGAUGAUUUGCCUCUGUAUAUUGGUGAAAGGGAAUAGGAGCAAUGCAGAUUUUGGAUGAUUUCGGCUGGCAAAACUUUUGUGAGAAGUGUUUGUCAUUGAACUAACAUUGUAAUAUAUAUCAAGCUAUCAAAAUCGAUCUCUCUCAAUAUUUGUUAAGUCAA